ACCAUCCUCACAAACAUGGAAGGUAAAUUUUCAGCAAUCAGGAGGCAGGGAGAUUGUUGAUUGACAGGAAGAUUGACCAAGGGGGAGAGGGGGCAGGAGGGAGAAUAAACAGAACGUCGGAGAAGGCGAUAGAGACCAUCUUGAAAAGUUACCUAGCGGUACCUGGCAUCGGACAUGGAGGGGCUCCCGUGGUCGGGCAGGUAACCCCAUAGACCCCACCUACGACUGGCAAAACCCCUCGUCGUUCAGCAACCUAACAACAACAGAGCCCAGCCUACACGACAAGAUAUCUCAAGACCACCAACUCCUGCUCCCGCAAAGACUUUACUGCUUGCAACUCUAUCUUUCUGAUCUCUCAGCACCAGAAUUCAUCCGCUUCCCAGUAUCCAAAAUGGCUACCCCCCAUGCUGUUGCGCAGGAGUUCGUCCAGUUCUACUACAACGAGUUCGACAAGGGGAAGGAGGCGCGCGUCGCAUGGUCGAACCUGGUCUACACGGAAGUCUCCAAGUUGACCUUUGAAUCGACCGAGCACACCGGCAAGGCUGCCAUCGCUGAGAAGCUUGGAGGCCUUCCCUUUGAGCAAGUCAAGCACCAGGUCUCGACCCUCGAUGUCCAGCUCACACACCACAACGACAUUGUGAUCCUUGUCACGGGACAGCUGCUGGUUGACGAGGAGCAGCGCCCGAUGAACUUCAGCCAAGUCUUCCAGCUCGCCAAGGACGGUGAGCGGUGGUACGCUGUCAACGAUAUCUUCAAGCUGGUCCUCGGUUAAACGUGGCACCACUGUUCCGCGUCGCGGACCUGGCAAGCCCGAGGAGAAUACGCCAUGUGUCUUGGAUCGGCCGUCCAUCGAAUAGACGAGGAUGGCUGCGAAACCAGGUCACAUGGACGAUUAUCGCUCGGUCCGGAAUCAUGGGAGAAGGACGGAAUUUGUGGCAUUCACGCGUCACAUGAUGGGAGGACAGGGCGAGGUUUGCUUCGGGGGUUGCCAUGGUGUUUAGGGUGGACAAAAUGCCACCAUUUUGCUUUCGGCUUUUUUGUCUUGUUCGCAUUCGGCGCGUCUCUUCUCCCGGCUUAUCGUUUCUACGAACGAUUUUUCAAGGUUACCUAUCCAUUCAAUACCCUCGGCGCCCGCCCAGGAGGCUGAGCCGUCUGACUAGGCUUUGCUGGGAGGGUGGGGCGGACUCGAUGUUAUUUUGGUGCCUGCAACGCCCCGGCCGUCGGAUCUGGCUCGCACAGCGCUGCUGCGCGCGCCAACAUGGAAGCCAAGCAGCCCAAAAUACCAAGAGCUUACUCCACGGCACCAGCAACGUAACGCAUACGUAAGACACUUGCCAUCCGAUAGCACAGGCACGGGCAGGCUAGGCAGGCAGCGACCAGUCACGGGUAGUCGCAAACAGACAGUCCUCCAAGCUGCAUAGCCGACCGGGUAGGCAGGUCGGCCCCAGGUCUGGCAGGUCCAGACUGUUCGUCAGACACGGAGCACUCUUUUUGGGAUACUGUUUGAGGUUUGCAUCCGAAAAGGCAAAAGAAAUGUGCAGAACCGAUCAAAGUCGCGUCGGAGGCUGGGAUUGGUGCCCGGGCCUCAAUUCCACUGCUGUGAAGCAGGUGGUCAGUGCGCCACGUCAUGGUAGGUGCACCGCCAAAUAAAAACCAGCACCAUACAACCUAACCACGGAACCCAUACAGUUUAUAAAAAAGAGAGUUGAGGGAAAUUGAGGGUAUUUGAAGGAAAAGGGCAAAAAUGACAAAUACGAAGGAGGAGGAUGACACAAAAAGAUAAUAAAAAACAAAACUAGGGGCAAGACAUUAGAACAUCUAAGGGAAGCGUUGUCGAGUGCAUGUUUUUACUUGGCCGCCGUGCCCACCUCACUUCCCUGGGGCCACACCCCUCUGGGGCAGUGUCCCGUGGAGCCACAGCCCAGCCUCCCAAGCAACGGCAGUGACGAAGCAAGGAGCAAGGAGCAAGGAGGGCCGCGCAUGCUUCGGGUUACUUGGCCUUCUAACCGCCAUAUGCCCCCUCCCUCAAACAUCUGCACUGUCACAAAGAAAAGUUGUGGCCCAGCUCCAUUUAGUUUUUGGAAACAGCCA